AUGCUUGAUAUCAACCUUUUACUCAAGGAGCGUGGUGGUGAUCCUGAGCUCGUCAAGGAGUCCCAACGCCGUCGUGGUGCCCCUGUUGAAGUUGUCGACGAGAUUCUGGAAAAGUACAAGGAAUGGGUGAAGACUCAAUUCAACAGCGACCAAAAGAACAAGGAGAUCAAUGCUAUCCAAAAGGAGAUUGGCAAAAAGUUCAAGGCCAAGGAAGACGCCAGCGAGUUGUUGAAGCAAAAGGAAACGUUGCAAAAGGAAAAGGAAGCUUUCCAAGCUCAAAGCAAGGAACAAGAAGCUGCAUGGAAGGAGAAGCUCGCUACUCUUGGCAACAUUGUACACUCUUCUGUACCCACUUCUAUGGAUGAAGACAACAACGAAGUGAUCCGCACAUACUAUCACAAUGGUGUCGAACCCACCAAGCGCACCGAUAUCCUCUCUCAUCACGAAGUGUUGGCUCGUUUGGAUGGCUAUGAUCAGGAGCGUGGUGCCAACGUUGCUGGUCAUCGUGGUUAUUUCUUGACGGGUGUGGGUGUCGACCUCAACUUGGCCAUGAUCAACUAUGGUCUUUCUUUCCUUGCCAGACGCGGUUACAAGAAGUUGAUGACUCCUUUCUUCAUGAAGAAGGAUGUCAUGGCCAAGACUGCACAACUUAGCCAAUUCGAUGAAGAAUUAUACAAGGUCGUUGGUGAUGGUGAUGACAAGUACUUGAUCGCAACCUCCGAACAACCCAUCUCUGCUUUCCACGCUAAUGAAUGGUUUGAGAAGCCCAGUGAACAACUUCCUCUCAAGUACGCUGGUUACUCUACUUGUUUCCGUAAGGAAGCUGGUGCACAUGGCAAGGAUACUUGGGGCAUUUUCCGAGUACAUCAAUUUGAAAAGAUUGAACAAUUCGUGUUGACCGAACCUGAAAAGUCUUGGGAAAUGUUCAACGACAUGAUUGGCGCCUCUGAAGAAUUCUUCCAAAGCUUGGGUCUUUCUUAUCGCGUCGUCGCUAUCGUCUCUGGUGCUUUGAACAAUGCUGCUGCCAAGAAGUACGAUUUGGAAGCCUGGUUCCCCUUCCAGGGUGAAUACAAGGAACUUGUCUCUUGCUCCAACUGUACCGAUUAUCAAUCUCGUCGCCUUGAAAUCCGAUGUGGUGUUAAAAAGAUGUCUGAUCGCGAGAAGAAGUAUGUCCAUUGUCUCAACUCUACUCUUUGUGCUACCGAACGUGCUAUUUGUGGUAUCUUGGAGAAUUGGCAACGUGAGGAUGGUUUGGAAGUCCCCCCUCCUUUGGUUCCUUACAUGGAUGGCCGCACCUUUAUUCCUUACAGCAAACCCCUUCCCAAGACCAGCUCCAAGCCUGGCAAGAAAUAA